GGCUGUAUAAAUACAUUUGAUUUGAUUUGAUCCACCACUCUCAUUGAGCGGAUUUAAUUAAGCUGACUCGGGUUAUACAAGGCUAUGGCCUCAUGUGAAUGGGCAAAGCUGGUGAGGAAGGUUCGCCCUGCACAAAUCUAACAGCAAUCUGUGCCGCUCUGUCAUGUUGUCAACAAGGUAGCAUGAUGCAUCAUUCAGAAAUGUACAACAUCUCUUUUCCAUAAAAUCCUAACCUUUUCCUAACCUCAACCUAAUUAUCCUAUCCUGCAAAGUUAAUCAUCCUAACCUGCUGUGUUAGUUCUUCUAACAUGCUAUGUAAAAUCAUUUCAGACACAACCGUAGAUGCCAUUAGUUACCGAGAAACCAUCAGUGUCACCACACAUGUUCCAGAAUGCAAUCACUUCACCCGAUGCAAACUACACCCAACCCAGUGCCCUGGCUCUCCUCCUGUCCACACGAAGAGAGAAGCAGGAUGGCUGAGGCAGAUGGUAAAUCCAGUGAGCUUAAUGGUGGGUCUGAGGAGCCAGAUCCAGGAGAGGACCAGCGUGGGGAGGGAGAUGCUUCCACAGCCACAGAGGAGCAGUCUGACUCUCAAGCAGCUCCCAAAAAGGCAGAAGACAGAGCUAAGGACAAGCCAAUGCCAGAUGCAGAGGGUGAGAGGGUGCCUGGCGAGGGAGAGGAGGAGGAAGACACGGACAGCGUGGACGGCAGCGGCCUCUACUCCCUGAAUGAGGAAGGGGAGCGAGAUGGUGAGGGGGGUAGAAGAGAGCGAGUGAAGGAGAGAGAUGCAGGUAAGAGGGCCGCCAGAAAGAGGAACCGCCCGAGCGGUGGCACCGCUCACCACUCCUCCAGCUCUGAAGUGGAGGAUGAGGAGGAGGAGGAGGAGGAAGAGCAAGAAGAGGAAGACGAGCAGGCCAUGGACGUGUGGCUGGGGGCGGAGCUGCGUGAUCUUGGCAAGCCAUCAUGGCGGGCGGUGCCCUCCCUGCGGUUGAGGGAGAUUGGCCGGUGCUCGCACCAGUUUGUGAGACGUGUGUGUGGCGCACGGGGGCUGGUCCAGAGGCUGGAGCUACAAGGGCGCCUGGAGAGACACACCGGCUGUGUGAACACCCUGCACUUCAACCCCUCAGGCACACGCCUGGCCUCUGGCAGUGAUGACCUACGAGUGGUGGUGUGGGACUGGGCACGUCGUCGGGCUGAGCUGGAGUUUGACAGUGGGCAUAAGAGCAAUGUCUUUCAGGCCAAGUUUCUUCCCCACAGUGGAGAUUCCACUCUGGCCAUGUGUGCCCGGGACGGUCAGAUUAGAGUGGCUGAGCUCUCUGCCAUGCAACGCUGCAAGAACACCAAGAGAGUGGCUCAGCAUAAAGGGGCAGCACACAAGCUGGCCCUGGAGCCAGACUCUCCCUGCUGUUUUCUGUCGGCUGGAGAGGAUGCCGUGGUGUUUGGCAUCGACCUUCGCCUCGACCGGCCUGCCAAUAAGCUGGUGGUGGUGAAGGAGGGGGAUAAGAAAGUGGGGUUGUAUACCAUCUUUGUGAAUCCUGUCAACACACAUCACUUUGCUGUGGGAGGGAGAGAUCAGUAUGUCAGGAUCUAUGAUCAGAGGAAGAUAAAUGAGAAUGUUAAUAAUGGCGUACUGAAGAAGUUCUGUCCAUCUCACCUGGUGUCCAGCGAGUCCAAAACUAACAUUACCUGCUUACUGUACAGUCACGAUGGAACAGAGCUCCUGACUAGUUACAAUGAUGAGGACAUCUACUUGUUUGACUCCAGCCACAGUGAUGGUGCAGAUUAUUGCAGGCGAUACAAGGGCCAUCGCAACAACGCUACAGUGAAGGGGGUUAACUUCUAUGGUCCUAGCAGUGAGUUUGUGAUCAGUGGCAGCGAUUGUGGACACAUCUACCUGUGGGACAAGGUCUCAGCUCGCAUAGUCCAGUUUAUGGAGGGAGACAGAGGAGGAGUGGUGAACUGCCUAGAGCCCCACCCUCACCUUCCAGGUCUGGCCACCAGUGGUCUGGAUCAUGAUGUUAAACUUUGGGCCCCCACUGCCGAGAACCCCACAGGGCUCAAGGGCCUCAAAGACGUGAUGAAGAAGAACAAGCGUGAGCGUGACGAGGACACUGUUCGACAUGGAGAUCAGUACGACACACAGCUCCUGUGGUUCCUCAUGAGACACAUGAGAAACAGACGGUCCCAGAGGACACGUCGGGAGGGUGCAGAGGGAGACACUGAUGAGUCAUGGAGCUCUCCAGAUUCCUCUGAUGAAGAGGAUGGAGGGCCAGACCACGUCCAGUGCAUGUCCUCCUGAGCCAAAGAGAUAUAUACAAGCCACACACACACACACACACAUACAACGGAAAGGGAGUGUGACUAGUAUAGAUAGACACAAAACCUCACUUCUAAUCAGACAGGGAGUGAUUGUAGGCAAUUGUGUUCAUGCACAGUCUGAGGGGAGGGGGCUGAUAUACUCUCAACCCUGAUUUUGUUCUAACCUGUGUUCUAGGGAGGCUGAUGAGUGCUCACAUCCUUACACAACCAGUAAGACUCAUCUACACCCACACUUAUGCUCUGCCAAGCCAGAGAACAUAAGAACUCACACACAUCUCACAAUCAGCUGUCUGUCAUCUGCAAUGGAGACGUUACCCCCCUCUCUUUCCCCUCUACUUUUCUGUUGGGGGAUUUGAAGAAAGGGGUUGAUGUACCUUCAGACCUUUUGAUCAACCCUAAAAUGUGAUUUUUUUUUUUCAAGGGCCAAACCAGAGCCCCUAACAACCUCUCUAGGGUUAGCCUCAGAACAUCUGCAUGUGGUCAAUCAGCUUAGCCUGCAGAUGGCUCAUACCUGGUGACUGCAUCCCUUAUACUCUGCUGUGUUUUUUUUCACUCUCCCUCAGCCCAAUACCUUCCAACCCCCCCCACACCUCCCAUCCUACGCUACUGAGUGCACUUUAAUCAGGGAUGUUUGGGUUUUAUAGACAAAGUGUGCGCUGGGGGGGCCAACCAUGCAUUGUUAUGAAACAUUGGCUACGUUGGCUCCCCAGAACACCUCAGUAAAGUAAAGGUGCGUUGUAAAAUGAGAGGUAUUUGACUAGUUGUUUAGUUUGGGAUAUGCACUUAGCAGGAGUGUCUUGAACAGAGCUCCAGCUGAAAGAUUCCCUUUCCUUCCAUCAACUUAACCCCCUCCCUCCUUCACACUCCUCCUGGACGAGUACCCUGACCUAAGCCUCUACCUCCCUAAAGGCCUUCCCACGCUGUACGUCAAAAUCUGUAUUUUACCAUUAUUACAUGUCACACUGUGCGAUGUUACCAAAUUAAAAUAUUGAUAUCAACCUGGCCAGAUUGUACAAUUUGCUUCAGUUUUGUCGUCACAUUCUGCGAUUGGCUAUUACAACUGCAGCAGUGUAUUUGAUCUGUGCAUGUGCCAGCACCAGCAGCGCAAGCCUCCCAAGCAUAUUCGGAGAAAAUUAAAGUAUGCAUCUUAGAAAUAGUUUUCACAUACAAACGUGUAUAUAUGUCUGAAUUCAGAAUCAAAUAGGCUUCCCAAAAAUAACAUGGUCGUUGUGGUGGAACUUUUAUUUUGAUUUGCGAUUUUUAGCAUUUAUCAAAAUCCCAUCAAGUAGCCUGGUUUCAGAUGUCAUGUAAACAAGAUAAUUAGGGAAAUCGUUCUUGCAAAGCAUGUAAAUGUUUAAAUCAAACUAUUAUAUUAAUCUGACUUAAUGUGUGCAUAAUCAGUGUCAGCCAUGUUCUUAUUAGUCGUAACACCAGCCACACAACACGUUAAAGGCCCAACAUUUCUGACACGGCUAGAACUUCUGUCGAGCCAUAGACACUGAACGACCCAAGAUGUCCGACAAUUGUUUACGACCUAAGAAUUUGACCACGAUGUGGAUAAUUUGGCUGUGAUGGCAAUAUCGUGGCAUAAGACGGCUGAAAUCAUAGUCUGUGCGAGCCUUAACCCAUCUUUCUCUGAGAGUACACGUUAUUGUGCUGGAGGGCUGCUCAGGAACACCUGAAUGGUCUCAUUGUGUACAUCCAGUACACAUACACAUACAGUACAUCCAAAAGGAUUCUCACUUUUCUGUUUGAGGAGCCCUGAAUAUACAUACAUCCACGGCUCAUGCCAGCUAGCAGUCUCUGCCAGAGUUCAUACUCCGAAAAGAAGAAGCAGGGGUUUGAUCAGUCUCUGGAGAUCAAAGCAUCUGGGUAGCAGUGCUGAUCUUGGAUCUGUUCAUAUAAUCUUAUUCAUUAAGAUCUGAAACUGAUCCUGGAUCAGCGCUCUUUGAGAUGCUUUGUGGAUACGGCCCAGAUGUAAAGACUGCUGUUUGGCUCUCUUUGAACUUUGUGGGAUUUAAGAAGCCGUUCCUCAAUCUGUAUUUGAGGCCAUCUGCCCUGUCAGACCUUCCGGGGGGACAGGAGGGAGGAUCAAUCUGCUUGCCAGUUGUUUUUGUUUGAGAGCGAUAAAGUCCAUCUUUUUCUCUUUUUGUAUGAGAUUAUAAAUGUUUGAUCAAUUCAUGUACAUAUAUUAAAACUGUAUAGAAAUAAUCUUUAGCAAUGUUUGACUUAAGAAAAUGUCAAAAUAUUGGAUUGAUAUUGAUGCAGAGGUUUAUUAUAUAUGAGGACGAAGUACUUUUAAAAUGAAGAUACGAAGAUGGCUUUAGUUUUAGUUUUUCUUCUGUAAAUGACAUCCCCAAUUGUUACAGUAUAUCGGUAGGAUUCAGUUAAACAAUGAAUCAAGUUUGGUUCCUUCUCAUUUUCAAUUUACAAUUUUCUCUCUCCCGCUCCCUGUUUUUAUUUGUUCUUGUAUAUAUAUUUAGGCUUUUGAUCAAUGAUUUAUCCCACUGCUGCCUAAUAUUGUGUUCUACCGGUUCAGUUGGAAACAUGUAUGAUUUGUGCAAUAAACAGAAGACUGUCCCUUGUUAUUUU